UAGUAAUUCCAGUUAGUAAACGAAGUUUUCCCAUCCACUUCAAUCCACUUCACAACUUCUCCACUUCCACGUAAAACAUCCUCUCUUCAUUGCUUCACUCUUCAUAUCCACCUACUCUGAUGUGGCAGUAACAUUAUUUUAUUUUAUUACCUUCCCCCUCUCCCCCCUCUUCUGACCGUCCGCGAACUCUUUUGAAUCAGUUCAAAAGAGCAUGUUGCGUUUUCCGAACUAGACCGCCUAACCUCUAAACACAACACCCUUUCGCCUUUAAUUUAGACGCCUCUCUACUUGCUACCUCCAAGCAGUCCGACUUGGUCGUACUCCAAUUCGAUCUAACAGAAGGAUAUAUUUACCUGCCUAUCCUCUUGCUCAAUCUCUCACGAUACCCUCGAAUCAAAAUUUGAAUCAUGUCGGCUGAUACUGAAACCAACAACUCGCGCCCGAACGGCGUUGUAGAGAGCGACUAUGAUCACGUUCCUUCCACUCCUCCUGAUGCCACGGGUAUCGCCCAUGCUUCAUCGCAGCAGUCCAUUCCUUCUACCGAAGGUCCAAACUCGCCUCUUGAUCCAUCUACUUCUUUUAAGAUAGAAGUAAUUGAUGACCGUAACUCAUCUUCCCAGAUUAUUCCCUCAUCCUUAACCCCUCCUCCUUCGUCUCAGGUUCCUACCGUCAAUGGGGCUUCCAACAUACCUUUAGGAUAUGUCAGCUCGCAAAGAGCUGGUAUAUUCUCUCCUCCUGCGACGACUUUCCGGACGCUUGCACGAGACGGUAGUUCCACGUCGGAAUAUAUUGCUCCAACCCCCGAUCAAAUUGCGGGUGCCUCAGCUGACGAGCUCCGUGCUAUGGUUCAAACAUGCCUGGCUGAAAACGCGAGGUUAAAGAUGGAAACGGCCCAUCAUAAGCUACAAUAUAACCUACUUAGCAUGCAGGCUGAUGAGGAUGCAAAGAGAGCGGAGGUGGAACACGAUAUGACGAGGCGAGAAGUUGAGGUAUUACGUAUGGCUGAGAGUUCUCGUCAAGCCAGGCGAGAGCUAGAUGCGGCUACUGAGUCAGCUCAAGUCAAAUACCGGGAGCUUCAAACCCAGCAUGAACACGUCGUAAAAGAGAACGAAGCCCUUCAAAAACGCAUAAAAUCUGCUACCAAGCUUAUCCAGCAGCAAAGUGAGGAACGCGACAGUUUGAUUGAUGAGCGUGAUAUGCUUCUAAAUCGCAUUCGUGAGAAUAGGGAACAUUUCCAUAUGCUCUGCAGUCCCGGCGGAGUAUUUCAUGGUGCCCUGACACCGAAAACUCCCGCAGCUACUUCGCCUCAGCAAUACCGGGCCACACCACGACAAACACCCAAGCCCGUCCAUCGGGACGUCCGUCACGAUAACGAUACAAACCAAGCUGGUUUUGCUGCUCUUCUUCAAGCUUUAAGCCACGAUAACAGUGCACCAUCCACUCCGACAGCAAAUGGCCGGCCUACUCUACGGGCAGCUCCGAGGCACACUCGUGGAGUUCAAUCGUUGUCAUCUCUCCCUACUACGCCUAUUGCACGUCCCCGUGGGGAGUACUCUGGUUUACUACCUUCUGUUGACCUGGUCCCACAAACUGAACCUCCAAACCGGUAUAACAACAGUCGAUAUGGUCUAGAGACGCCAGUUCAAAAGCGAGGGCGACAAAGUCGAGAAAGCACCAUAUCCGCCGACGACAACGAAGAACUUGACCGGGCGGCGCUAGAAUCGGUAGCAGCGGCUACUCAGUCGUACAUGUCGCAAGGCUCGCGAGCGUCGCGGCGAAGGGAGGAGGACGAGGUAUUUGAGAGCCAAGCAAGCCAGGCAGCAUCCGAAAUGCUACGUCGUGACCCCCGGGAAAGCUUCGAAGUCGCCAGCUCCGUUGGAUCCCGUGAUGGUACGCCGGCGCCCGCAGAGAAAUCUGCUAAGCUACAAUCGAAGUUGUUCGCGGGUCUGAAUAAGGCUGGGCUUGCGGCGGAAAAGCGAAAGUUCAGCGCCAGCACGGAGGGCAACGAAGGCCGCCUCGAAAAUGCCGUAAGUCCUAAGAAGAUGAGAUACGGAGGGAAUACUGAGGCGAACGGCCGUGUUGGGCUAGGUAUUCGCUACGGCCAAGCAGCUUAAAAAGUUUCUACUCCAUGAUUUUCUUUUUUUCGAAAUGUGUUGGGAAGAAUUUAGCAGAUGAGAUGUGGCUCAUGUUAUGGUUGCUUGUGGUUGGGCCACGGCAAGGUCUGGUUGGGAUUAUCGUUCAUACUUUGGAUUCUGGCGACGACGAAAAAAAUGAAUGAGGUGUGUAUUAUACCCUUUCUAGUUAUGGCGGUGCUCGAAUCUCUUUGAUUCCGGGCUCGAAGCGCACUUGGACGGAAAAGUGUCGAAUUCGUCUCGAAUUCGUCUUGAUGAGGGUUCCUGGAUUGGCUUUAUUACGACGCCUUACGGAACGGGACAGUGGGCAAUGGGCAAAUGGGCAAUUUGGCAUGAUGGGUUUACAGCGAUGGACGUUUGUUAGUCAUGUCGUAGGGUAUCAAUAAGAUAUGUUAAAUUCCAACAACCUAAAGGCAGAUAUGUGCAUGAUGUUGAACCGCUUUUACACGUAUCUAAUAUUGGGUUGAGUGUUUAACGGAUGUAAAGUUGAAGCAGAUGAUGUACGAAUCGUAGCAUUCCCCAAUUUCAUAGGUACAAUUAGGUACAUUAGGUGCUGUAAAGGCACUGCCUACUCCACCCCCACCUGCGGAACCGGCGACCG